AGUUUCAUAUAAAAGCAUUGCUUGCAGCGUAUCUGUCAACAGUUAGCAAACGCUUUACAAUACAUCAACAUGUUCAAGAUUCUGCUUCUUACCGCACUCGUCGCUUACGCCUGCGCCGAUAACAUCGACAAGGAUGCGCAAGUAUUGAGUUUCAAAAACGACGUUGCCGAUCCUGAGGGCAAUUACGCGUACGCUUUCGAGACCAGCAAUGGCAUCCAACAACAAGAAGCUGGCAACAGCGUCGGUGUAGCUGGUCAAUAUGAAUAUGUAUCACCUGAAGGCGAGAAGAUUGCGCUUACCUACACGGCCGAUGAGAAUGGUUUCCAGCCAAGCGGUGCACAUUUACCAACCCCACCACCAAUCCCAGAAGCUAUUGUGCGCGCUUUGGAAUACAUUGCAGCGCAUCCAGCAGCUGUGUAAUUAUUCCACAGGAAUAGAAGUAGAGGAGUUAAAGACACAGAAAGAGAGAGGUAAAGCGACAGAGAGAGAGAGAGAGAGAGAGAGGGGGGGAGAGUGCGGAAGAGUGAGAAAGGCGCAAGAGAAGAGCACUACACAGAAUGACAGAACUGCUUUUAAUGAUAGAAAUGCAGUGUUGUAAAGCAGGAGUACUUUGUAGAAGAUGUAUUUAGUUGAAAUGGCCAAGUUGGAAGCUAAAUUGCAACGAUGAGUUAUUUAAUAAAUCUAAUCUAAAUAGUUACCUAGUCAAUCUAGUUUUCUGAAGUGUCAACGGUUGCUGGGAAGCAUUUUUCCCACACAAGCCGCACAUUUUUGCCACACUAACUUUGUAUAUAACGACAAUUGAAUGUAAUUGCAUUCUUUUAUGCACACUUAUAUAAUAUGUAUGUCUUAACGUUGCAUGAAGAGCCAUUUUUUCAUAAAAAAAAAACAAACAAAACAAAACAAAAUAAAUUUCAAUAUUCAUAUGUACCUAUUAUAUAUUAAAUAGCAAAGAGACAUUGACGAAGCGCUAAAA